GAAUUUUUUACAUUCAUCAUUAUUACCAUCAUCAAUGGGAUUAUCAUUUCCACCAAUCCCAUCUUCAUCAUCAUCUUCAGCAUCAGCCGCUGCCGCAGCAGUGUUUGCAAAAAACAUAGCACCUAAACAAUCACAAUUACACCAACAAAAUAUUGGUGGAUUAAAUUCAUUUCAAUUACAAAACAUUGGACCAAGUAAUGUAUCAAGAUCUAUAUCAUCACCAUCAUCAUCGUCAUUAUCCACCGGUACAAUAUCAUCUGUAUCAUCGAGUGGAGGGGCAACAUUGAAUGCUGGUAAUGUAAAUGUAAAUGUCAAUGUAAAUGGAAUUGGAAACAUUGGAAUGGGUAAAAUAACUGAACCUAUUGGUGAUAUUGAGGAAACAGCUCCGGGUCAAUUCAAGUGUAGAUUUUGUGACAAAACAUUUGAUCGAAUAUUCUCUGUUCAUCGCCAUGAAAGAGUUCAUACAGGGUAUAAACCAUGCAUUUGUAAAGAAUGUGGUCGUGGUUUUAGUGAAAAAAGGAAUCUUCGACAUCAUACUAUUCGAUUUCAUAGUGAUGGAAGUGGCCGUGAACUGUUGAAAAGAAAUCGUAAAGAAAAGUCGAUGGCUUCAGCGGCAUCUUUUUUAAAGAAAGCUGCAGUUCGUCUUCUUAGCAAUUCUAGUGUUGAAGGAAGUGCAAUGGAAGAAGACGAUAUCAUGAGCAAUAGACUAACAAGUGAUAAUAACAACAAUAAUAUAAAUACCAAUAAUAAUAAUAAUAAUAAUAAUGGUGAUGAUGGAAAGAACGACAUGAAAAAUUGUUCAAGUAAUUAUAAUUAUAAAAAUAAUGAUAAUACUGAUGGAAGUAAAGACGAUGAAUUUGACCAAAGAUCUCGGAUUAGUGAUGAUAUAAGUGGGAAUACUGACAAUUACAAUUCAACCUUUAAUUGCAAUGAUAAAGAUGACAAUAAUAAUAACAACAAUAACAAUGGUGAUGAAGAUGAUGAUAAUAAUAAUGUUAAUUAUUACAAUAAUUAUCAUCAUAAGCAAAUGAACAUGAAAAGGAUGAAUAGAAAAAAUAUUUAUAAUAAUAAUAUUUGUGAUAAUAAAGAAAUGGGUUCUGAUGCAAAUGGAGAUUCAAAUAUUGAAGAUAAUAUUGGAGAUAAAAUAUGUUUAAAUUCAUCUUCAUUGUCAUCGUCUUCGUCAUUAUCAUUAUCAUUGUCAUUAUCAUCAUCAUCUCGACGCCGUAAAAGUAAACCAAGUAAAAAGAUUUCCAAUAAUAUUGAAUCUGGAGAUAAAAGUGAUGAAGAAUGUGAAGCUGAUGAAAAUGUUGGAAUAAAAGAAGAAGCAAAAGAAGGAGAAGGAGAAAAAGAAAUGGAAGAAGACAUUGAAGGAGAUGAAGAUGACGAAGAAGAUGCAGAAGUAGAUGAUGAAAGGGAAGAAGGUUAUAGACAUGGACAUGGAGAGAAAGAAUAAGAGAAAGAAAUGAAGAAGAUGUCAAUGGAAAUGAAGAUGAAGAUGGAGAUGACGAUUCUAUGAUGAUUACAGGUGAUGAAGAAGCUGUUGGUUUAAUUGAUGAUGAUUACAACGAUGAUAAAAAUAACAAUAAUAACAAUAACACCAAUAAUGAUAAUAAUUCAAUGGAGAGACGAAAUGGUGAAAAUGGCGAUGAAAAAGUAAAUGAUUCUAUUGAUAAUAUAAAUAAUCGUAAAAAUAUUGAAAAUGAUCUCAAUGGCUCUGUCAAUGGUAAUAAUAAUAAUCAUAAUUUACAUGAAGGUAAAUUAAGGUUACAUGGAGCUUUCUUCUCUAAUUACAGUCCCAGACUUGCACUGGUUGAUAAAGUAACGAAACGUGGUGAAUCAAGUAGACCAAUGAUUGGACCUGAUGGUAGAUAUUUAUAUUCAUAUUUAUAAAUUUUCUGUUCUCUACAUUUCCAACUAUAAACCCAUGUGAUGCCGGUUCCUGACAAUAACAUGGAGAUUCAACCAAGGAGAAGAUUAACAAUCAAAAUUAUUUGAUUUCCUGGCAAACAAUAUAUUAAUAGGAACAAUUGUAAAGAUUGAAGCUGCGAGUAAAAAAUGGAAGACUUUACUUUGCUUCCGAUUAACCCAAUUUUUUACACUCAAUGGACAUUUAGUUUUCAUGGUUACCAGUCUUGCAUUUAUCUCAUUUAUUGAAUGAAUCUGAUUAUCCAGUGGUCUGCAAUGGGUUGGCAUCAAAUUUGGCAAAUUAAAGAAGAAAAAUCUACACAAGAAA